AUGACGAAUAGUUUACCUGAAUUUCCAUUAAAAACUGUUGAUGCCACUCAAAAGUUCAACGUCAAAUUAGAAUCGGAUGCGAUGUUCUAUGUUAUUGCAAAAAAAAAAUUGCAUGAUGAAUUGAAAUCUACCAAAGGAUCAACGGGAUUAUUUGCACGCCGACGAGAUUUGAAAUCUCUGAUUUUCUCUGACGCACUAUUGAAAAAGUAUACGUGGAAAAUUGCAACUGACGCAAAAAAGAACCGAUUUUGCACGCUGACUGCAAUCAUUCGAUUAUUUGUGGAUGUCUUUAAUUACGGGCUAGAAUCAAAUGUUUCGCAAGAAGGUUCUGCCAAUACUGAUAAUCAAGAACCAGAAUCAGAAAAAUCAACAUCUUCAGGUACUCGAAAUGCAACGGAAGAAGAUUCUGCCGCUACUGAUCAACAAGAAACUGAAACGGAACAAUCAAAAUCUUCACGUACUCGAAAGGCGAAGAAAAGAAUGGAAGAGAUCACGUUUGAUAUCAAGCAAGCCAAUUUGUAUUUCAUGGAAAUACUAAAACGAAAGGAAAGUUUAAAGCGAAAAAAUGCUGUGAGCUCAAGCCAACCGAAAAAAACCAAACUUGAUGAUGAAGCAAAUCCAGCAGAAACUGGACCAAAUGAAAACAAUGACAAUCCCACAACUCUAAAUCAAACUGUAUUGGAAGGAAGCGAUGACAAAUCCGUGCCUCCAGAUCCAACUGCAUCGAACUGA